UCCAAAACGCGCGAAGCCAGCAGGGCAAAUAAAAAAUUGUUUUAUUUUAUUAAAAAUUUUAAGUAUUAUAAAACAUAAAUAUUUAAAAUGCAAUGAAUUGAAAACUAUAAAAAAAAAAACAAUUGAAAAUCGCGAUAUUUUCAGUGCAUCUUCUACUUAACUGAAAAUAAAAGCACCUAUUUACCGCCCUUUGAUAAUUUUAUGGUAUAAAAUAUGACAACUGUAAAAUUGAAAAUUAAAAUUAAUAACAGCUAUGAAUCAGAACCAUCAUCUGGAAGCGGGUCAUCUAUCAGUGAAGCUAAUGAGUUUGAAAAUUCUGAACGAAGAGCUCAAAAUGUACAUAUUCAACUGAAUCCAAAUUUGUUUAAUGGUGCAAAUAGUUCAAAAGUAGGCAAACAAUAUUCUCUUUUUGACGAAAGAUGUGAUUCAAGACUUGGUUCAAGUCAGGAGUCGGAUUUCGAAGGUUUUACAGACCAUCAAAUAAAUCAACGAACGGUUGCUAUGGAUAAAAAAGGCAACAAACUUAAGAAAACAAGUAAAAGUUCUACAAAAAAACUUAAUUACGAUGAAUUAAUGAUAGAACAGAACAGUUGCAAUGCCGUAGACAUAGAGCUAAUGGAUAAAAACCACGUUAAAAAUUCGAAAGCUAAACAAGAUAUGUCUCCAGAACUUUCAGCAGAACUGUCCUUUAACGGGAAAAUCAAAAGUCUGACGGUUUCACAAACCGAAACAAAUUUUCAAAACCAAUCGACUUUUAAAAAUCCCCAAAUUCUCAAAACUGUGUUCGAAAUUCCCGGCAAAACAUAUAAUAGGUAUUCAAAUGAUAGGUCUCCAGAUCUGUUUGAAGACGAAGAUGGGGACGAAGAUUCCCUGGUUUAUGAAAACGAAGAAAGACUUACCGAGGAAAUUAAUAAAUCACUGAAUUGUCCGACGGAAUCAAGCUUUGCAGAAGAAAAUAUCGAAAACAUAGCUGGUGACAAUGCACUUUUACUUCGACAAAACAUAAAAAGAGAAAAAGAACUUUUAAAGCGGAUCAAAACAUGUUUGUCGGGGAUACCACCACCCCCAUCUUUAACUAUUCCACAAUUAGACUUGUUUUCUGCUAUUGCAAACAAUAAAGAGGAAAUACUCAAUUAUAAAACGGAAAUAGAAACAGUAGCCUCGGUAAUUGUUUGCGAAGAAGAAGGUCUAUUCAAGCCAUCUCAUCCUCUUGAUGAAGUUUUGGAAAUGCCGUUUAAAGAUACCCUGGGUGUUCGAGGACAUGGAUUGAAUUAUAAUUUGUGUAAAGCGUCAGAGAGUAUAGAACUACUAAGUUUGGCAGUUAUUGAAAGGUUUGUUGGUGCUGAAACUUCAACUUCGUACACUGCCAACUACGCAACCUCUCCUUCAAGUGCUAAAAAACGGAACAUUAGACAAAAAAUGCUGACACAAACUGCAGGUUACAAUAGGCUUAGCCAUUUGGCAAAACGGCGUGCUGCAUUUUCAUCCGCAAAUCUGGCAACAACUUUGUUUAAACCACAAAGUUGUUCUUUUGGAGGAAUGCAAAUCUUAUUGGAUAAAAAAAAAGGAAAAAGCCGUCGAAAAGGAACAACACCUAAAAGAAUGACACCCUCAAGUAAAAAGAAAGCUGGUCGCAAAACUCCUUCAUCGUCUGCAAGAAAACGCCUUUCAUUUCGGUUCGAUAUAACAAAGCCGGGUCCUUCGAGAGAAAAUUCCAAACGAGCACUUUUCCAGAGUCCUGCGAAACAACAAAGAACACAGGCUGCCGUUCUCAAACCAUCCGUGAAGCCAGAAAUAGCUAAUCGUGUAGAAAAAUCAAAGCGAGCUUUGUUUUCUCCAGAUAAACCUUCUCAAAGUUCUUUAAGUGAAUUUCGUAGUUUUAGUCAAGCUUCACAAUCGAGUAUUUUUGGUGGAAAUUUAGAAUUUUCAACAACGCUUAAAAGAAAACGUACUGAUGAUGAUCUCGAUGCCACACAAAACAGUAAAAAAAUCUUCCGUCAAGAAACUCAAAGUUUGACUCCACGUUCACUUAAAAUAAAAAGCCAAAGUUUUUGUGUUGCGGCUGGUUCCACAAACGUUAUGAGCAGCAGCACUAAUAAGUUGCAAAGCAAAAAUACCAUUAAUACAUCGAAUGUUAACCUAUCUAAAAACAGUAAUGGAAGGCCAAUAAUGAAAGCUUUUUCUGAUACAACAUUCAACACUUCUAACCUGUUAACGGAAAACCAUCGAAAGAAAUUACUAUGGGCAGUCUCACAAGCCUUGCAGUCAAAGCAAAUAAAUGUUACACAUGUAAAUUUUAAACAGUUCGCUUCGGUCUUGGCCAGAGUUGUAAAAAGGAUAUUUCAAGAGUAUUUUAUGAAAAUAAAUUCCAGCACCAGUGAUACCAUGCUAAGAUUGGCGAAAAAAUAUGUCUGCAAUGUGAUUUCCGGAAAGAGUGCCGAUGAAAUAUAUAUAUUUGCAAAGUCUAAAAUAGAAGAAGAAAGGAAAAUUUCUUCUUCAAGAUUAACAGGUUAUAUUGCACCCGACGAAUUCGAAAUCCGCAAGUUAGCAAUGACUCAAACCAGUCUGUGCAGUUUUGAGAAUUCAAUGGACUCGUUUGCAUUAAGUCAAAGCUCAUCAAUAACCCAACCCGCCCAUAAUAUCAAAAAUAUCGAAGAUAUAUUGAUGGAAUCAAAAAGUGCAAUUAAGUUGAAUAUUCAACCGAAUUCUAGUUUGCAAAAUAGUUCCUCUAAAAAUAACCUCGAUGGAAUAGCUCUUAGGGAGAACGUGGAUUGCGAGCAACGUUGGUCCGCACAAAAAUGUUUUACUGGAAUUGAUCAACAAAACGUUAGCCCUUAUGCAAAUCCAACAGUUCGAUCGUCCGGACAAACAUUAUCAUUUAAAAGCAGCUUGUAUGAUCUUAAUAAUAGCGCUGCCAAAGCAAAAAGGCAAAUAUCGUUUGAUAGUUUAUAAACUUAAUUUGUUAAAUAAAACUUAAUUUGAUAUCGCACAAUUGUUUGUUUUUAAAUGGAAAAGUAAUUUAAAUUACAAGAAAUUUGAAAACAUAUAAAUGGUUGUGAGAAACGUUAAACUGAAUUUAUAAGGAGUAUGUACAUGCAACAUACAUGCAUUGCUUUAUCUUAAUGAAAAUUGUAUUUAUUGAUAGUCAAAGUGAAAAGUAUUGUUAUUUA